GCAUUUAUAAUGGACUUAUUUAAUUCAAAGCAGCUCACAAGCAUUUAGACACUCAUUGUUUGCUCUGGCUCUAAAACUUUUAUAUUAUUUAGACAAGUUUGUGAUUCAAAUAUUAUGCAGAAAGUUUAAAUAACAAUAUAUUUUCAACAUUUGAAAAUAGAUAUUAAAUGUGUGAGAUGACAGUUUAGUAAAGUCCAUAUUUUGGUUAUUUCUUCAUAGUAAUUUAUUUUCUCAGCCUGUGCAAAACAACAAAUGCUAAGCUGCCAUGAGUUUUUCCCAGAAUAUCUCAAUUGUUCAUCCAGAAUACUUUUUCAUCACUGGGCUUACAGAUGCACCAUACAGCACUUAUUUCUAUAUAUUCAUAUUUAUCACAUAUUUUAUUUCUGUAAUUGGGAACUUGAUGGUCCUUCUCAUUAUAGCUCUUCACCGGAGCCUGCACAGUCCAAUGUACAUUGGUGUGUUUAACUUGGCCUUGGCUGAUAUUGGUGAAACUAAUGCACUGGUCCCUAACAUGAUCAAGCUUUUUCUUUUUGACUCACGGUACAUCUCAUAUAAUGAUUGUUUGGCAAACAUGUUUUUUGUGAACGUAUUUAUUAUUGUGCAGACUUACACUCUUGUUGUUCUGGCAUUUGAUCGUUUCAUUGCAAUCUGUUUGCCACUAAGAUAUAAUACUAUAGUGAAUAAUAAGUUCAUGGCUAUAUUGUUUUCAGUAAUAUGGGCAAUUAACACCAUUCUUGUAAUAACUGCAACAUCUUUGAUCACCAGACUUUCAUUCUGUAAAUCCAAUGUGAUAGAGAGUUGGUAUUGUGACUAUGGAAGAUUGAUGCAUAUGCCAUGCAAUGACAGUACCAUUAAUAUGAUUAUGGUAUACAUCCUUGAAGCUUUUUUCCUUGUAGCACCACCAUUCAUUAUAGUCCUGUCAUACGUGGGCAUUUUUUUUGCUUUAUGUAAAAUUACAACUUGGGAAGGACGUUUUAAAGCACUAAAGACCUGUGUUUCUCACCUUUUGGUAGUUGGAUCAUUCUUUCUUCCCAUAAUAUCUAAUAUUGUUACUGGAUAUUAUCCUAAUGCCAAGAUCAUUGGCGGAACUCUUUCAUUAACUCUUCCACCAAUGCUAAAUCCCAUCAUUUAUGUUUUAACCACAGCUAAAAUCAAAGACUUAAUCCGAAAAAUGCUUAACAACAGAUCUGCACCAAUUAGAUUGAAUGUUUCAAAAUGACUGUAAUGCUCGUCUAUGUGAUCUUCAAUCACUGUGGUCUAAAAUUACAACAAUAUGUACUUUACGGAUAUUUUUAGAUGCAUUAAGUGGAAAAUAAAAGUGUACAAGCAGAAAAUAAAUUCAGUGUGCUAGAUGUAGAGUGGACACAUUAGCAGUGAAAUGUUUAUUUAUUUAUGAAUGAAUCCAUCUGAUUUCAAGUGUGUGUAGUGUAUGUGUUUGUACUGACCCCAAGACAAAAUGAAUUGAAAUGGCAAAAUAUUUAAGCAGGCAAUUUGAAUUAUUUUAUUGUUAAAAUUUCUGUCAGGAAUUUUAAUAACAGUUAUUGAAUACAAUGAACAACAGCAAAAACAUGACAGAGAUGAUGGUAAUAAAAAAAGAAGCAAAUGUGGACAGCAAUGCUUCAAUGUUCAGUAUAUACUAUAAUCAUUAAAGAAACAGGCUCGCAUGCACAAACUGUUGCGGGGAGAAGGCCAGUGAAGGAAUAAUGCAGAUUGUCUGUGUACAGACCACACCUGUGGCACAAUAGGGAGGCACACUAUGUUUGUUUUUUUUUGUUUUUUUUGCAAAUAUGUCAAGUUAUGGGUAACACUUUCUGUGUACAUUUAUCACUGUAUUAUAAAGUCAUUUGCAAACUAUUUAUAGUUAAUAUAUUGUGGUCACUACAUGGUAAUAUAUUAAUAGGCUGUAUACUAAUAAUUCUUACUAAUUUUUUAAGAUCUGCUGUGCAGCCAAAAUAAUGUACCAGUUAUCAAUGUAAAGCUGCUUUGACACAAUCUACAUUGUAAAAAACGCUAUAUAAAUAAAGAUGACUAAUAGUGA